AUGGAAAACUACACCUACAACAGCUACACACUCCAACUGGAGGGGUUAAUUGUUUCUAAAGAUUCUACGUACCCUGUCUUUCUCUUUUUCUUUUUCUCCUACCUGUUUAUAAUAGUCACAAAUGUUGGUAUGGCUGUUCUGGUUUUCAUUGACAAAAAUCUUCACCAGCCCAUGUAUGUCCUUUUUUGCAACCUGCCCUUUAAUGAUGUACUUGGAAAUUCUAUCAUGGUGCCUCGUUUGCUUUUAGACAUGUUGCGUCCUCCCUCUGAGCGCAUCAUCAGUUAUUAUGAAUGUGUGGUCCAAGCUUUUGUCUCACAUAUGUUUGGCACCGCUUGCCACACAGCCCUAAUGAUUAUGGCCUUUGACAGAUAUGUGGCCAUCUGCAAUCCUCUGCGCUAUGCUGCCAUAAUGACCAACAAAAUGGUGAUCAAGCUGACAGUUUCUGCCUGGGGAGUGGCCUUAGUAAUGGUCGGUAUCCUGCUCGGUCUGACCAUACGGCUGAACCGAUGCAGGACUCUGAUCCAAAACCCCUAUUGUGACAAUGCCUCACUGUUUAAACUCUCCUGUGAGGAUGUGUUUAUUAAUAAUGUCUAUGGCCUGGCUUACACUGUAGUUCUGUUCACAAGUUCUAUAGGCAGCAUGGUUCUCACCUAUACUAAGAUUGCAGUAGUCUGUCUGAUGACUAACAACAAGUCUCUGAACAGUAAAGCCUUGAAGACCUGCAGCACUCAUCUCUUUGCAUAUCUAAUUAUGUUGUUGAGUGGAACGGUUGUCAUCAUCCUGCAUCGCUUCCCUCAGUAUUCAGACUACAGAAAACUCACUGUCAUUUUGUUUCAUAUCGUCCCUGGCAGCCUCAACCCCAUUAUUUAUGGUUUGCAGUCAAAAGAAAUACGGAAAUUCUUUUUCAAGUUCAGGUCCAACAAAGCCUUUCCAUUAUCGUAA